GACAUUGGUGUGAUCUCCAUAUUGCCAACUCCGCGUCGCCCUAUCCACAGCGGAACCCCACGAACCCUGUUGCACCAACAAGUCCCCGCAAGAGGUGCCUCUCCUGAAGCACCACGCAACCACGACAUCAACAUUCUUUUGACAAAAUGUCGACUCCCGCCCCAGCACCAGGCACACCAGCUGCGCAGGCAGGCGCCGGUAGCUGGACGGCUUUCGUGAAGUCGAUCGCUUCGUUCAAUGGCGACUUGUCCUCUCUGACUGCGCCUCCCUUCAUUCUAUCCUCUCAGUCGCUCACCGAGUUCUCCGCAUACUGGGCCACGCAUCCCAGUCUCCUGACUGCGCCUGCGGCCGAACCUGACCCUGCGAAACGGGCUGCCCUCGUGCUGAAGUGGUUUCUGUCAACCCUCAAGCACCAGUACGCGAGCCGAAGCGAAGAAUACGGAAACGAGAAGAAGCCUUUGAACCCCUUCCUGGGUGAACUGUUCCUUGGGAAGUGGGAAGACGAGGCCGGCGAGACAACGCUCGUUUCAGAGCAGGUCAGCCAUCAUCCUCCUGCGACGGCAUACUGCAUCCGGAAUCAUAAGACGGGCAUCAAGCUGGAGGGUUACAAUGCGCAAAAGGCGAGCUUCAAGAGCACGAUCAUUGUGAAGCAGAUUGGACAUGCCGUCCUGACCAUUCCGGUAGGGUCAGGCGAGAACAAGGUUGACGAGAAGUACCUCAUCACCCUACCAAGUCUGCAUAUUGAAGGCCUCCUGUUUGGAGCCCCCUUUGUCGAAUUGGAUGGCCAAACCUACAUUGUCAGCUCGACAGGUUACACAUCCAAGAUCAAGUUCACCGGCAAAGGUUGGGUCAGCGGCGACAAGAACUCGGUCACCGCCACACUGUUCCCCACGGGUAAGGAGGAUAAGGACAAGGAAGUUCUUUACAAUAUGUCGGGACAAUGGAUCAAGGAACUCAGCCUAUACGAGGGACCAGUUAAGAAGAAGAGUCUGCUCGAAGUAUAUGAUGCUGCGAAGACGCCCCAGACAUUGCUCAAAGUUGCGCCCAUAGAUGAACAGCAUCCUCUCGAGUCGCGUCGCGCCUGGUCGAAGGUAGCGGAAGCCAUCAGCAAGGGUGAUAUGGAUCUCACUUCGGUGGAGAAAAGCAAGAUCGAACAGGCCCAGCGCGACAAGCGCGCAGCCGAACGCGCAGAUGGCACAACGUGGGAGAGGCGGUAUUUCAACGCCGUCCAGACUAAGGACCCCGUGCUCGAGGAGUUGGGUCAGGCCGCGGGAGUCCCUCUGGACGGUGAAGCGGACAAGACGGGCGGCCUUUGGAGAUUCGAUGCUUCCAAGGCCCAGAAAGCCGAAGAUCAGAAAUUGGACAGCGCUGAGGUGCAAAGUAUCGAGAAGGAGCUCCUUGGUCGAUAGCAGAGGGUCGGGAAGUAAGGAGUAAUUGGAAUUAGAUCGCAUUACAAAUCCUAGCAGUAUCUAUUUAUUGGGGCUCUCCCCUUAGAUUGGGUGAUAUAAUGAUGCUGUGAAGACACUGGAUAUAUUAGGGGUAUCGCGAGCGGUAGAUGAGUAAGACUGAUGAUAUGUUG